GUUUAUUCAUAUUUUAGUCAAUCAUUCAUUUUAACUUAUUACGCCAUUAAAGCCAACCCCCACCUUCUCUCUACAUUAUAUCAAAUUUCAGAAUCUGAGCUCUGAGGACUUUGCAUGCAACCAGAGUAUGGAACCAACUUUGCCUGUUCUCCCAAGAAUCGAUCGUCUCGAUCGACUGUUACAGAAGUUAGAGGAAAAACAUAGCAAAUCAACAAGAUUUGGAUCUACUACAACCAACAAUGGCAGUCAUGAUGAUGAUGACGAUGAUGAUGAUUAUGAUCAUGGAGACAACCAUAAAGAGAAGCUCGAGGAGCAGACGAAUUGCAAAACAUUAUUGUCUGCCCUUGACGAUGUUCAUCACAAAGGCACUCUUAUUGAUCGACUUUCCAUGCUCGAGAAUCGUGUGCUAAAGUUGAUUUUAGAUAUGGAAGAGAGGAGCACAUCAAGAUCGAGCUCGUCGACUGCUUAUGCCACAAGGGAAGAAAAUGAGUUCCCACUUAAUAAUUGUGCUAAAAAAACAAUCGGCGAAGGAAAGAGGAAGGUAAACUUAAAAUGGAUGAGGUGGUUUUCUGUGAGAUGCUAGUUUCCGUUCUCCCAGUUUAUGCUUUUAUCACUUCAUUAGAAACAUUAUGAUAUGUUUAACUAAUCGAUAGAAGAACACACAAAUACUUAUAUAGUUAAUAAUUACAUUUGUGUAAUAUAUAAAACAAUGUUAAGUUAAUUAGCCAUCAUUAGUUAAAACAAUGUUUAUGUAGA